AUUUUCCUGAAAAAGCACAUCGGCCUCCCUUCCCUCUGGGGAGGGGUGCCCUGUGAGGGGCUGGCGGCCCGCUCCUGACUGGGCUGGCGGCCAUGUUGCUGCGCUGCCAUGGCAACGGGGCCUGCUGCUCCUUUCCUCCUACUGCCAGCGCACGGAGCAGCCAGGGAAGGAGCAAGGAGCUGCCAGGCUGCUCCAUGAGCAGAGGCUGGAGCUGCAGGACAGGCGGGUGGAUCUGCUGCCGGGAGCGCUGAGGCCCAGAGGGUCGCUCUCCUCCCCGCUAAAUCCGAGCGCUGUCCCCAUGCAGCCGGUGGGGGCUGCGCGCCUCGUUCCCCACGGUGAAGUCUACACACAGAUCUUUGAAGAUCAGGUUCGAUUAGUACGCUCUUUGGAUGAAGCAAGGAGGAAGUCUGGGGGUUCUAUAAAGAGCAAAAGCGUCUCUCUGGUUAGGGAUUCAGAAACUUCUGAUGCAGGGCCGUUACCGUGUAACCAGCAGAAGGGGGCUGGAGGAGUGCCCUACAAAGACUUCACAGAAAAGCCAUCGCCAUGCAGGGAAGCUACGACAUUUCAAAAGGCUUGGAAAAGUGAAGAUGUAACUGCAGCUGAGGAAGUCAGAGCCCUACCUGAUUUUGUUGUUCCCGAGGAAACCAGGAGCAAUAUCUUGGAACUCCUGUCAGAACGCAGGCAAGGCCGUCAUGAUGAAGCAGUAACCUUAAUGUAUCAUGAGCUUGCUUGCAUUGCCAGGGAAAUAGAACCCAUGAUUUUGGAGCCCGGAAAAUUGUUUUUGACAAAACUGAGGGAAUCUGAUAGAAAAAUUGAAAUUCUGUUUACAAAGAUGGAGCUUGACGCUACUGUGGAAGGCUUCCCGAUUGAAGGUUUGGAAGAACUGUGGACUACCAUUCAGCAGGAAUCCUUGGCCAGAAAGAAGUGCGUAAGGGAAUUGGAUGAAACCCUAAAAAAGGUUGAAUGGAGUCGAACUGACAAAAUAACAGAUGUACUAAGGAAGUACACUGUGAUGCUGGAGGAAAUUUCCUUCUUCUUAUCAGCUGAUAUUUACAGGUUCAUGAACAAUGAGGCCAUGCUGAUUAACAGAGCACUGUUGGCUAACCAGAGGGCAAUUUCCAAGCUGUUCUUUAAUCUAAUGAAAUCAGAGAUGAAAAGGGAAUUAUCACUUCGAUUGAAAUGGCAAGACAGAGUCAAGAACUGGAAGCUCACACAAAAGAACUAUAUAGUUCUGAGUUUCAGAGAAUUUAUGGUAAAUGAAGAAAUACAGAAUCCCCCAGCUGUGAAAACAGAAAUGGAAACUAUGAUAAAUGGACAGAUUUUACUUAAUGAAAAGAGACUGGAAAUUCUGCGGCACCUUGUGUAUGACAGAAGAGAGCACAGUAACAAAGAAAACGAUUUGUUGCCUCCAGCGUGCACACAAGCUGAAGUUAAUGAAUGGUACAAUUCUUUGGUGAAUUUAAACAAAAGUAUGGAUGCCCACAAUAGGCAGUGUAUGAUGAAAAUUCGUACCCAGCAUGAGACAGUCCAGCAAAAAUGUUUGGCAGAAGUGCAGUUAUACAAGAAUAAACUGUUGAAUCUGAAUGUUUGCACACAAAAGGAGGCUGAAGAAACUGUGAAUUCUGACUUACUUCAGUGGACUGAGAAACUACAACGUCAGUUUGAAGAAGAACUGAAGAAUAUGGAUGGAGAGUUUGAGGAGCUGGCUAAACAGAAUGAGCAGAACUGUAGAGACCUGUACAGCUAUUUUCAAGAGGCCAGUAGUCUCUGGGAUGUCCAUCAACUCAAACUGUCCAAGCAGGAAGGUGAACUUCAGAAGAAACUAGAUGAAUGCAGACAGAAACGGAAUAAAUUAAUACAGAUGAUGGAAAAUAAUCUGGAUAUAAUUCUGGAUAAAAUGAGAACAGCGAGCUCUGAAAAAAAGCUGAAGAAAUCUUUGGAGAAUGCCCUUUCUUCUUUGGAUGACAUUAGAGCUAGGUAUGAGACAUUCAACAAAGUUCUGGUGGAUAAUGUAACAGCUUACCCAGAAGCUAUUUUGCAGGAAUUGAUUUCUUACAGUGUAUCUGUCAGCAAAUAUUUUAAUGUAAAAGAAAUAUUCAAACAGAACUUGGAAGGAAAGAUAGACUCCACGUUUCAAGGUCAAGUUGAGGUUCUGGAAGCUGAAAGUCUGGUGAAGCAACAAGCUGAGAGUAUUGUGCAAGAAAAUGAAGAAAAUCAGAAGAUGGAUAGCUCUCAACGACAAAAUGAAGAAACAAACAUAGCUGAGAAUGAGAUCUUUGCAUGGGAAACUAAAGAAACAGAGAAACAAGAAGAUGGGGAGAGUAUUUUUCAAGAGAGUGAUGAAACUGAUGAUACAGAACAGGGGGUGAUCUUUUCACAGGAUGUGUUCAAGAGCAGCGAGGUGAAAAUCUCUGAAAUUGCUACUGAGACUUUUUCCACUUCUAGUGGAAACAUUUACACAGUUCUUGCAGCUGAAGAAGCAGAAAAGACUGACAUCCGAGAGAUUUAUUUUAUGAAGUAUGAGGAAAAAGAAUCACUUCCUGUAUACCUGGAACAUGUACUUAUCAAAGAAACCAUACUUGUAGAGCUGAAGAAACGGAUUUGCCGCUGCUUUUUUGAACACUUGGAGAAAUGGUUUGCAGAGUCCCUAUCCAACUCCUGUGCCACUGUAGCUGCCAAGAAGGAGGAGCUGAAUUCAGAACUUCAGCAGCAUCUUCUCUUGCAUCAGCAAAGGCAGGAGAAUGUAGAGACAAAUAUCUACAAUGUUAGAGCUGCGGAACUAUUACUUCAUGAAAAGCGUCUAGAGUGCCACUGUGCAGGUGUGGUGGAAGCUCUGAACAAGGAGAGAGCUGAAUUCCUCAAACUUUGCGAUCAGCAAAAUGACAUCAUCAAAAACUUAAAUUCUCAGAUCCAUGACAUGGAAUCAGUCUUCCUCAGUGCUCCUAUGACUGAGAAGUUAGUUUCUUUCAGCAACAGUCUGCACUCAGAGCUCCUUAAUCAUCUGGAAGUCAUCCAGGUUUCCCUGAGGAGUUAUCGGAACUAUUUGGAGGAAGCUUUAGGAAAAUUAAGAGAUUCAAAUGUGGAUUUUCUCAAAGCUUGCAGAUUAUUUUGUGAAGGAGGUAAUUUUUCUUCUGAGGAGGUACAGUCUUUCAGCAAGCAUCUUCAGAAAGAAAGUAAGCGUAUUAACUCAUUUGAAAGGUUAAUCAUGGCUGAUAUGGAGAAAAUGGAAUCGAGCUGCUUGGAGCAGGCUACUGAACUUAUCAACCAGGCUGAAACGAAGUUCCGUUAUCUCUUUACGAAUCGAGUCUUUAUGGAGAAGAUCAAGCGGCUUCUGACAAAUCUACAGCUACAAAUCAAAUCAGAGGUAGCAAAUUCCAAUUUGCAGGCAGUGACAUUAAAAUCCUACCUGGAGAAACUCCAUCAGAAGAUAGAUAUUUGUGCUCACUCUACUGCAGAUAAAGAAGCUUUGACUUCUGAAGAGUUGUAUGACUUUACCAAAGUACUGUUGAAGGAACUGAAAAAGAGGAGCCAGUAUCUCAAUUGCCUGCUAGUCGAUACAAGAAGGCCGUAUGAUAAUGAGCACUUUACCCCUCCUGCAGCAGACGUUACAUUACAAGGUCCAAUUGCUGUUGCCAUUCGAACGGAGUGUCUCAGAGAUGAGAAAAUAUUGACGAUGAUGGGGCUGGAUCCUGUCAAGUUUCCUUUGUUAAAUCCAAGCAGAAUGGGAAAGUCUGCAGUUGAUGAUUUAGCAGUAAGCGUUAUCCAAAAUUUACUGGAUUUCAGAAUUAAGUCAUCCUGGAGAAAAUCUUCAGACCGAAAUCAGGACAGAAAUAUUUUCUCACAUUCAUUAGGACCAGCAAUUCUUCCCACACCGAAGAAUUCUCACUUAAACGUACCUGAUGGAGGUCCUCAGAACUCUGCUACUUACAGGUAUGCAGCUCGUGUCCCCAAGAAGUCAUCUAUUAGCAAAAGGAUGCCAAGAGGAAGCAUACAGAAAUACACUAGACCAGUUCUCAAUGAUAAGAGAUACCAAAUAUUUGGAGAGAAGCCUCCUGAAUCUGAUACUUUUAAGGGGAUUAUUAUGAAUAUUCUCUGGACAGGUAAUAACAACUUGCUCUGUCUUGCUGAGGUAAGAAAAAAAAACAAUAUUCUUCAGUCAUUUUUUGCUGUUGUAGAUCUACUGUGUCAGAUAAAUAACUUAUAACUAUAUUAUGAUGUUUGGAUGGCCAUCCAAAAACUUUCUUCACCAGUGCAUUUAAUUUUUAAAUAGUGUUUGACACAGAGUGUUUUUAAUUACAGGGUUCUUUAUAAACAUCAACUAAGCAUCCCAGAAUCUGGGGCAGUGUAAUACACAGGGACAAGCAGAAACACCCAUAUCUAGUUGCAUAGAAGAACAAUUGCAAAGGCAAGACAAUUCCAAUAUUAUUCAUUCUAAUGGCAUCAAGAGAAAAUAUCAGACUGAAAUAGCAUGAAGCUGUGACACAUACCCACCUUUCAAUAGAUUUUCCAAAUAGCCAUAAGUAUACUGAAGCAUCAUUAAAAGUAUCUAUAAUCAGAACAUUCCUUAUUAGGACUUGCUAGAUUAUAAUGCCAUCUUAAUAACUAAUAUUUGAAUACGUAUACCCAAGUUAAGAGCAGUACAGUAGUAAGAGGACUGAUAUCUUUUCAGAAUUGGCAAUUAAGCUGCACUGCAGUCUCAAAAACCCUACCCAUUCAAAGAGCAGAUAGGCAAUAAAACUAAAGCUCCUGAUACAGUGCAGGCAAAGGAAGGCAACUGAUCUCAAGAAGCUGGUUGACAGCCUUAUGUAUCCCUGCUACUGUUAUAUGUGUAGGUGUGAUUUAUUUGAAUGUGUUAUCAACCCCUUUUCUGUUUUACCUUUACCUCCUGAAAGGAGUUCUACC